AAGUGAAGCAGCAGCUUGACUACACGAGGGCCAGCAUAUUCGAGGAGGAUUCAUCUUUACGGCUUGUCUAACAGCGUGAAAUUGACUUGAACGAACAUCAAAAGAAACUGAAAUAAUGUGAGGAAGAAUAAAUGCUGAUCAGUGGUUUGUAAAUACCUGGUGACCUGCUGCUCUUUGCAGCUGUUCUGUGGCUGACUGCACACUGAUUUCUGCGUUUGAUACGUUGGCCUCUAUACUGUCUGUAGAUGGAGAAAAACAGAGACAAUGUCCAGCCAGAGAUGGACCUAAGCAAUUCAACAGCGACUCAAUUUGGGCUUGUUCUCUGCUUUGAGUCGAUCAACAACUCCUGUGUGAGAUAUAUCUACCCAUCUGAGAUCCAACUUAUGCUCUACUUGUUCUUCAGUGCCAUAGCGCUCACCACAGUAUGCGGAAACCUGCUGGUCAUCAUAGCCAUCCUUCAUUUCAAGCAGCUUCACACACCGACUAACUACCUCAUCUUGUCUCUGGCUGUGGCCGAUCUGCUAAUCGGAGGAGUUGUGAUGCCUCCCAGCAUGCUGCGCUCCAUCCAGACCUGCUGGUAUCUGGGUGAUUUGUUCUGUAAGAUACACAGCAGCGUUGAUAUUAUGCUAUGCAUCGCAUCUCUUUUGCACAUAUCCUUUAUUUCUAUCGAUCGCUAUUAUGCUGUAUGUCACCCUCUCCAAUAUCGAAGUAAAAUCACACCGCCGGUUUCCUUCACGAUGAUUUCUCUAAGCUGGGGUCUGGCGGCCUUUGUUGGAUUUGCGAUGGUAUUUCUACAACUCAAUAUUAUGGGAUCGGAAGACUUUUAUUUUGAUAAUGUCGCUUGUAAUGGAGCUUGCAUUAUAUUUCAAACCCCUGCAGCAAGUAUUACGUCUUCAUUCCUUGCUUUCGGCCUUCCUGCAGUAAUCGCUGUCAGCAUAUAUCUAAAAAUUCUACUUGUUGCACGAAGACAGUCCAAAUCUAUACAAAGUGUAAGCAAGAAAAACAGCUUAUCUGUGAACAAAAGUGAGGGGAAGGCCACCAAAACGCUGGCUAUCAUCAUGGGGGUGUUCUUUAUCAGCAUCUCACCUUUUUUCUUCUGCAAUUUAGUGGAUCCGUUCAUCGAUUACACAAUAUCACCGGCUGUUUUUGAUGUGCUUUUGUGGAUUGGGUAUUUUAAUUCUCUGUGCAACCCUUUUGUUUACGCAUUCUUUUAUAGGUGGUUUAGAAAAGCUCUAAGAAUUAUUCUUCUGGCCAAAAUAUUUGUUGUGAAUUCUUCACAGCUUGACUUGAUGGGUCGACAUGAGUAGGGAGAACAGUUUCGUGUAAAUAGUGAUGCAUGUAAAUAAACAGAAAUAUAAUGUUUUGCAUUCACUUUAUUUGUGUCCACUUUAGGCAUUUUAAAUGUGCAAUUUAACACUGAAGCACUAAUUAAAUGCAUUUUUUUAUCCGCUUGUUAA